AUGCAACAAGCUAUACGAACAGUGGACAUUGGACAAGCAUACUUGAUAGCGUACGUGAAACCUCUCACAGAGACUCUUACCUCUCUAAUAUCAGCCCAGAUAUCUGAGCUGCGCGAACAUCUCGACCAGGUGCCCGUAUCGCCCGACCCGGAUGACGAAGUGAUGAAUGGAGUACCCGGUCCGGAGCUGCUGUUUGGACGUAAUCUCCAUGCGACUAGAGAAGAGUUGCUCGCCGCUCUUCCUCCACGGCCGGAAGCAGAUCGACUCAUUGAUACAUUCUUCAUAUCAAUGGAAUCUCAUCCAACCCUCAUCCACAAGCCAACCUUUCUCAAACAGUACAAUGAGCUGUGGACACAACCAUUCGAAACUUCAACUAUGUGGUUGGGUGUUCUCUACGCUGCACUGGCACUUGGCUUUCGUUUCCAAGCCGGGGUGAACGCUCAUCAACCUGACGAUACUAGACUGGCUCCUGAUCUGGUGCAAAUCGGCUUUUAUCGCGAGAAGGCUGCGCAAUGUAUGAUUCUUGCAAACUAUACCAAAACACCGCCAUACACGAUCGAAGCGUUCUUGUUGUAUUUUGGCACCGAAUUUCUACGCUCAAGCGAUAGCCAGUUCAGCAUCUACAUGCUUGUUGGCAUGCUUAUUUUCGACACGAACAAUCUUGGAUUUGCUGUUCCCGACUCGGAUGCUUUCGACAUGGGCAAUAGUGCUUUUGGUCACCCGUUCGAUUUUGGCUUCAUGCCAAUGGAUCUGGACCAGUAUACCUUACCUCUCGAUUGGGGUGAUGCGUUUCCCAACCUCCAGCCGCAGCCUCUUGGACAAUAUCCCCCAGGAUCGUUCUUCUAG